AAAAUAACACUCGCACAGUUUGUGCUACCAAAAUUGUUAUCCGCAAAUGGCAUGCUAUAUACAAUCACUGGAUUAUUUCAUUUUCUAACAAUGUAUGUUAGAAAGAGAUACAGAUGGUGAUUAAAAAGGGUCUAUCCGGAACACUGAAGUUUGCAAAUUGUGAGCAUCUAUCUCUUUUACUCUAAUUAAGGCGUCGUUAGAUAUACUUACUUUACUAUUUGUGACUCUUUGAUGGUGCCCGCAAAGUUUGUCCCCAAAAAUUUAUCAUUUAUUUAAUUAGGUGUUUCUGAACGAAAACACGUUCCGUUGGGAUCUUGUUGAGUUUUUCCCGUUUUUCCACGAUGACAUCAUGUUUUGACAGCUGAUUGCCAUCAACAGUCGUGAAAUGAAACGUUCGUAAAAGGAAUAGGAAUUUUUAGGAUUCCAGUAUUAUUUUAGGUUUUGUUUAACUUAAAUCAUUACACAAAUCUAAAUAAAUAUGACGGCAGUUCACGUUAUAAGAAGGUUUAGUGUUCCAUUAGCUAACAUGUGUUGUCAUAAAAAGACGACAAAAUUGCAAGUGCGAUAUAGUGCUACUUUAGGAUUAACUGCGAAGAGAUUUGCGCCAGUGCUUAUAAAAGCUCGCCACCUGGGGCUAGGUCCUACGUCGAAGGAUUUUGAGGAGCCCACACAAAUAACAGGACCUAUAACGAAACUACAUGCGGCUGAACUCGUUCUACACUUAAAAGCUGAUGAGAGGAAAUUGUUGUUCACGGCGCUACAGGAAUACGAAUCUAAUAGAAUUAAAGAGGAGUUCGAAGAUAAAUUGGCAGGGCAGAGAUGGAGGACAAAGCUAGGCAGACCCAGCAAAGUGCCCUCACUCGGCGAUGUAGAUCCCACAGGCACCUACUGUCCGGUUCCCGAGGACUGGCUCAAGAAAAAGUAUGCGGCCACAGUACCCAAGCCUACAACAAGGGAGCUAGUCCACUUAUCAUUAGCAAAUUCAGUGCCAUUCAUCGGUUUCGGCUUCUUGGAUAACUUCGUAAUGAUAGUUGCGGGCGACAGCAUCGAAAGCAGCAUGAGCGCAUUCAUCACAAUCUCAACCAUGGCGGCCGCCGCGCUCGGCAACACGUUCAGCGACGUCAUCGGCAUCGGCUCCUCGUACUACGUGGAGCGAGCGGCCGCCAUGCUCGGCAUGGCGCCGCCCCCGCUCGCGCCCGUGCAGCUCGACAUGCCCGUGUGUCGCCGCGUGUCCAACCUGGGCCGCGUCCUAGGCAUUACAUUAGGCUGCUUCCUCGGCAUGACACCGCUCCUCUUCAAGGACGACAAAGACGACAAGGAUAAAGACAAGGACAGCAAGAAAGAUAAACAAGGCCCUAAAGCGGAAGCGAAAGCGGACGCGAAAGCGGAGUUGAAGAAAAGUUAAUUCUGGCAAGUGUUAGGAGGGGCGGAUAGAUAAGACCGGUAAGGUACAAAGGUACAAAUCAAUUAAGAUUUUACUGUUGUGGAAUGUAGAGAAAAAACAGCCUGAUUUUAUUUAUUUUUUAAAAGAAUUUUAGAGUAGAUAAUUCCGCUACCUAAAGGUUGUCUGGAAGAGAUCGCUUAUUAGCGAUAAGUUCGCCUGUUAUUUACCUCUUCUUAAUGUGCCGUAAUAUUUGUAUUGUUUCUGUAUUGAGGUGUGCAAAAGAGUAUUUAUAUUGUAUUGUAUUGUAGAUACAUAAUAUAAGUUGCACUUGAAAUUUUAAUUGGUUUGCAAUAUUUCACGUAAAGGAUUCUCACGUUUCAUUUAUGAAGCUUUAGGCGACGUUUCCACCAGAGAUAUGCGAGGAUGUGUAGCGAGGCCAGCGAGGUGCGUGUUUAUUAAAAACCAAUAGAAUCAUUCCAUUUACCUAUCCUCGCUCAGAGUGAAAUGAUUAUUGUUAAUAAACACAUCCCUCGCUACGCAUCCCUGCUCAUCUCUGGUGGAAACGCAGCCUAAUAGUAAAGAGUAGUAGAGGUUUUCUUGUGUAUGAUUUAAACUGUAUAUAUUCUACAACAGUAAAUAUGAAAAAUAAUCAUGAUAUGAUUUUUUUUAAUAUGACAUGACAUUGUCUGUAAUAUUGAAAAAACGAUUGUUCCGCCCCUGAACCCAAUGUACUUAGUAUCACAUUUUAAAGACACAAUUUUGAAAUCUCAUCUUCUUAGGAUGCGACUAAAGCACUGUUUUAAAACAAAAAUAUCGGCCUAACUGCAAUAUUACACGUAGUAAAAUUAGAAACUUAUUGACAAAGACAUAGGGUCUAAAUUAAAAACGACCUUUUUAGCGUCUUUGUCGUUUUAAUGUUAAAAAUAUAGGGGCACAACUCACUUGUAGAAUUAUGUCUGAUGUUUAGCUAAAAGUGCAGGAUAUUUUUAUGAAUGUAAGCUUAAAUUCUAUGCGACGUAUACUGACUUUGGACUUCGUGUAAAUUGUAGUCUAUUGACUUAUAUUGCAUAUAAUGCGCACUGUGUAAGGUAUAGAUAUUCGAUGUUGUGCAUUUAGUUCCCAAUUUUACUAAUACCAAUGAGAAUUGAUUGUAAUAGAGGUAAAGUCUAAGAAUCAUACACGUGACCUUUAGUUAGAAAAAUAAAAUAGAUGGCGCUGUAUUGCGCCAUAUGUUUUGCGGUCACUGAACUGUAAAAUGUCAACUUUUGACAGUCAGAGUUACCGCAAAAUUAUGGAAGGUAGAGGCAAAGAACAAAAUCUCCUUAGGCAGAACUGUUGCAAAAGUGUCCAGCUGUCAGCUAUAAAUAAUAGUUCCAAAUCUCUCCAGAGUAGCGCUAGAGUAGCUAAGAGCCUAGGCGUUAUUGACGGAGUGAAGUGCGCUAUUUAUGGUUUUUUGUCGGACACUUUUUGUUAUAUGGAGAUUUUGUUCCUUGCCUCUACCUUCCAUACGCAAAAUGUAUGGAGCUGUACAGCGCCCUCUCGUUUACCUGUCGGAUUCGAAGCACGAAAUUGUCUUAGAUUUUACGCAUCUUACUCAAUCAAUGUAUCUUUACUAAUACUAACAUGAAAUGUCACAUGAAAAUUACUUAACUAUGGUCCUUAUUCUGAUUGAAAUAAGGCACAAAUAAGUUUAAUCUCACGUAUUUCUUGUGAGAUCUGUCUUCCAUACGCUACAGUAGUUGAAAUUAUUUGAGAUGAACGUUAUUUAUAAUGAUAUUAUAUUUUGAGCUAUAUUGCCUUGAUCGUAAGGUCGAUAUUUGAACGGAUCAUUUCAUUAAGACUCAUUCAUGUCAAAUAAAUUAAACUAACCUAUUUGAUCAGACGCAUAUAUUUAUUAUAUAAGAGAAAUGCUUGUAAUAUUAGUCAUUAUAUUAAGUUUUUGUUAUAUUUUAAUAGUUAAUUUAAAUUUGAUUUUUUAAAGGUUUUUUUUUUUCGAAUUUACAUAAUUUGUAUCUUGCCGAUGGCAGCUCUCUGGCAUUGAUAGUGAAAGGAAAAGGUGGCCAGUAGCGAUACAGGAUAUUAUUUUAAACCAAUAUAUAAAACUCCUUCACUGUCUUACAGUUUUGGCAUCACAUGUCAAAUCUCAUACAAACUUGUAUUGAAACGGAUUGUUACUUUAGCCAGCCUCGUUUACACUUUCGAGUAUAACUCAGUACAGUCGCCAUCGGAUAUAUAGGAGCGGCCGAAGUGCUCACAAAUAUCUGAACACGCCUUUAUCGUCAAGCCGCUAGAGUGCGUGUUCAGAUACUUCAGAUAUUUUUAAGCACACCUCGGCCGCGAUUGUACCAGGUCUAGAAAUGUGCAAAGUGGCUCGCAAUAUUUUCAGUGAAAUUGAACCUUAUUUGAGAGCCAAAAGGUUGUAAUUAGGAUAGAUGAUCAUAUAGGCUGACUACGCUCAGUCUGCAACGAUUUGACAGUGACAAUGUAUGAACUUGGCGUGUAUUCCUACCGGAGACGAAUUGUAUAAUCAUUAUUUUGUCCGAGGAAAGUUGUACAAAUAUUGUUAUUAUGUACUCGCUUAGUGUAGACGGGGCUUUAGUAAUACGCUUAUGUUGUCCCACAGCUAGAGUAAUACGUAGUAUAUGUUGUUUACUCGUUUUUCGUAUAUUUGUGUACGAUAAGCUGCACCCACUGCAUUGUGUAUGGUGAAAGUUCAGAUAGGUAAAAGGACAUAAGUAAAUAAAAUGUUUUUAAUCGGUGUCUUAGAUUUUUUUUUUUGUUUAAUUAGGAAUGGUUUCAACCAUGUUUUAACUUGAGAUGGCUUUUUGUCGGUCUGUUAUUUUGGUCUAGUUUAGUUCAUGUAGAACACGGUAGGAUUUUAUUUUUAUUAAUUUGAGGAAUGAAAAACAAUCAUAUCAACGAGAUAAAAGUUUCAUACAAGGUGCCCGUGAGCAUUGCGAGAGAUUUUAACGGUGCAUUCCUGAUGGAAACAGAAGCAAAAAAUGGUAUAAUAUAACUUUUUGUGAAAUUCGCCAAAAAAAAAUUUUUUUUUUCCUUUUUUUGAACACUCCUGUACAUAAAACGUAAUUUUUAUUGAUAAACAGAACCUAAAACUAACUAAAAAGUUUUUUUUUUAUUUGGGGGUAACCUCUCGAAUACAUUUUUUUCAUUUUUCGAUGUCAAUCAAUAGGUAUGUCCAGACUAGACCUCAAAGUAGUAAUAACGCAGUCAAAAAUGUGUUUUCUACCGACUUAUGACGAAAUAAUGAUUUCGAAAAACAUUUAAUUAUCUCUGAAACUAGGCCAAACCAGAAAAUUUUAUAUGACAUUUUAGUUUCUAAAUAUUACCAGGAAUGCUUAGUUAAAAUGUCUCGCAAUGCUCACGGGCACCUUGUAUAAGCAAAAUAUUGGACUUGUAUAUGUAUACUUCAUUUAGUAUAGAAAUAUAUGCAAUAACAUUUAUUUCAAUAUAUAUGUAGUUCUUAGCUAUUCUUUUUUACCUAUCUGACAUUCGUCUAAGAUUUUUGUAUAUAAUUUUGUAAAGUUUAGUACAAAAGAGUAUUGAAAUCUCAACAGUAAUGAAGUUCCUGUGUAGAUAUUGUAAAUAGUUUCACUUGGCAAUUAUAUUCAAUUUUACGUCUUCUGUGCAAAGUAAUAGAGCUCACUUUUAAACUUUAUGUUGCUUAAGUAUUUUUUGCAAUAAAGUAUUCUGAAAGCAUUUAACUAUUCACAUGGAAUUUUUGGAGUGACAGUGGGGAAAUUUUUCAGGCUUAUAUCAAAUUAUAUAAUGUUACCUUUAUUCAGAACAAAGUUUCUAUUUAUUGUUCGAUGGAUGUUUUAUAAUAUGACUUUGUGAUUAUUAUUUAGAUGAAUAUAAUUAUAUCUAAUGCAA